AUCAAAACACGUGUUGGUGCAGCUGAUCCGCCUGAUCGCCUACAACGUGUCCGCCUGGCGCCCCUACAGGCAUCGAGGGCAGUGUUCCGUCAAAUAGUUGUUCCGUGAAGGGUAACCUGAGCCUUCAAGAUGGGGAAGACAGUGCAGCGAGCCAAGAAGAAGGGGAGUGGCUUUGUUAAGUCCUCAAACUCCAUGAACCCGGACCGACCUCUGGACAAGGUAAAGCUGCGAGGUGCCCCCUAUGCCCGGGACAAGGCCACCAUCAAGCGGCUGCAGAUGUACCGUACUGGCAAAGCCAAGAGGGAUCGCCGAGGAAAGAUUGUCAAGCCUGCCAUCUUUCAGAACAGAGUCAGCUCAGGCACCCAGGCGCGGGUGGAGCCCAACCAGCGGUGGUUUGGCAACACAAAGGUCAUUGGACAGAAGGCACUCCAAACAUUCCAGGAGGAGAUGGGGAAGGUCAUGAAAGAUCCCUACAAGGUGGUAAUGAGGAAGACAGCUCUGCCCAUCUCCUUGCUCAAUGAGACGGCCAAAAACACAAGGGUGCACAUUCUGGACACAGAGCCGUACAGCAGUGUGUUUGGGCAGAAGAAGAGCAGGAAGAGGCCCAGUUUAAAGGUUGUGGACCUAGCUGAUUAUGCAAAGACAGCAGAGGAAGCCUCAGAGAAGUAUGAUGCAGAGAAAGACAGCAAUCUAGUGCGGCCAGAGCCUGACAACCAGGACCUUCCCCCGGAGUGGUUCCUAAAGGCUGGGCAGAGCAAACGCAUCUGGAAUGAGUUGUACAAGGUGAUCGACUCCUCGGACGUGGUGGUUCAGGUGCUGGAUGCGCGGGACCCCAUGGGCACCAGGUCUAAGCUGGUGGAAAAAUACCUGCGCACAGAGACUCCCCACAAGCACCUCGUGUUUGUGUUGAAUAAGGUUGACUUGGUACCAGUGUGGGUGACCCAGAAGUGGGUGGCUGUCCUGAGCUCCGAGUACCCCACCUUGGCCUUCCACUCCUCCAUCACAAAUCCCUAUGGCAAGGGUGCCCUCAUCAAUUUACUGAGACAGUUUGGCAAGCUGCAUCAGGACAAGAAGCAAAUCAGUGUGGGCCUCAUAGGCUUCCCCAACGUGGGCAAGAGCUCCAUUAUCAACACAAUGAAAGCUAAGAAGGUGUGCAACGUAGCCCCACUAGCCGGGGAGACAAAAGUUUGGCAGUAUGUCACUCUCAUGAGGAAGAUCUACCUGGUGGACUGUCCUGGCAUUGUUCCUCCUUCCCAUGAGAGUGCCAUAGACAUGGUGCUGAAGGGAGCAGUGCGUACAGAGUACCUCAAGAACCCCGCUGAUUACAUCCUGCCGCUGCUGGAGCGCGUCAAACGAGACUACAUUUGCCGCACAUACCGUGUGGAUGAAUGGAAUACUCCAGAGGACUUCAUGGAACAGGUGGCCAGACGCACAGGGAAGCUACUUAAGGGUGGAGAGCCAGACCUCAACACAGUAGCUAAAAUGGUCCUCAAUGAUUGGCAGCGCGGAAAAAUACCCUACUUUGUACCUCCACCUGGACACGACUCAUCUGACUUCCAUGCACUCAAGAACCAAGAGAACCAGGAAAUGGCUGUCAAAAUACUCCAGCAGGAAGAGGAGGCAGAGGAAGAGGCAGCAAAGAGCCAAGGCAGCAGUGGUGUGGGAGUGAGCCAAAACUUAGGCAAGAUCACACUAAGUUUGCAGUACUUUGGUGACGAUGACAAACCUCUGGAGGACACCCAGCAGAACCCUCAAGACUACAAUGAUGAAGAGGAGGAAGAUAUAGACAGUGAAGGUGAGGAUGAUGAAAAGGAUACUGAGAAAGAAGACAGCUCACUGGAGUGCACCAUGAAUGACAGUGCUCAAACAGCUUCAGCAGCAACUACUGAGAAAAGAAACGACAAUGAAGGUAAACAAGAUGAAGGAAACUUAAGUGAGAAACAGAACAGUGAUGUGGUGAAUGAAGGACAGAGUGAAGAGGAAGGGAAACAGUGUGUGGAAGGUACUGCCAUGGACCAAGAAGAGGAUGAAGAAGAGAUGAUUGGGGAGGACCUGUUGUCAAGUGAGGAAGAGGAGCCUGCCACAGAGGCCCCAACAAGCACAAGGAAGUUGAGGAGGAAACACAAGCUCUUCCAUGACCCCAAACCCUUGACGGCAAAGCAGCGCCGGCGACAGGAGCGAGAACAGAAAACAAAGAAGGUGGGAAGCAACUUUUAUGAGGUGACCAAUGUCAAGAAUCGCAACCGGGAGAGGAAAGUUCCUGGCAAACCGACGCCCUCCGUCAAACGACUCUCCAAACGGAAGCGAUAAAGACCAAACUUUGUGGUGUUAUCAGUGUGUAUGGAUGGAGUUUGUUUGGACUUCUUCAUUGGUUUUAACCUUGGUUUACUUCCACUGUAAAAUGAAUAAUAAUUAAAUAAAUUAAUUUGUUA